ACUAUCGAAUCGGUAUCAGUUAAGAUGAAGUCUGCUUUAGUGUGGUUGUCGGUCCUUUUCGUUGGAGCCUAUGCUGCUCCCAACGAUCUUCCCAGUGGUCGAGUCGUAGGCGGCGGCAAUGCCGUGUCCGGCCAGUUCACUUACCAGGCCUCAGUCCAAUACUGCAUCCAGGGUACAUGUUCGCACGCCUGUGGUGGUGCCAUCAUCGGUUCCCUAUGGGUCCUGUCAGCUGCUCACUGUAUCACCCAAGCUCCCGCCCUUGGCAGCUACCAGAUCUUAGCUGGCGUCCUCGAUCUCAACGGUGAGAACCCCGAAAGACAGGUGAUCCGCGUCAGCUACGUCCUCAUCCACCCCGAUUAUGAAGGUGGCAACGCUGUUCCCCACGAUCUGGCGAUCUUCAGGCUGGCCACCCCCCUCACCCUCAACGCUCUGGUUCAAGCGAUCAGUCUUCCCGACCAAGACGAAGUCUUCGAGGGCAACGCAGUCCUGUCAGGAUGGGGAUCCACCACUGCAACUGAAGUACCCACCAUGCCCGUUACCCUCCAAUAUGUUGAAGUACCCAUCAUCGUUCCUGAGACAUGCAAACAAGCUUUCGAGGCCAUACUAGGAGGCAGGCCGAAUCCCCUGGACUUGGACGCCAACGUAUGUACGGGACCAUUGUCUGGAGGAGUAUCCAUUUGCACAGGAGAUUCUGGUGGUCCAUUGGCUGAUCCCCAAGGACAAAAAUUGAUCGGUAUCGCGACUUGGACCGCUACACCAUGCGGCAGAGCGGGAUCACCGUCUGUCUACAACAGAGUCAGCUACUACACCCGCUGGAUCAGAAGUUCUAUCUCUGUCUGAGUGCGUUCAAUCAUUUGUUUUCUAUUUAAAAUGCGCAGUAAAGUACUAGUUAGCUA